AUGGAUUUACUCGGCAAAAUAACCCCGCUCUCAAUUCGGAGUGCCAUGGGCAACAUUCGGGACCGUGUUGCAGAAUCCGUGGAACAUGCCGACUUCUUCGAGACGGGACAGAUCGGCACCAAGGAUUUUGAGGCCGCAGGAGACUAUCUCACGACCAAGUUUCCCUCGUGGCAGUGGUAUCAACCGGCAAAGCUCACUAAGCCCGUGGAUAAACUCGACCCAAAGAAACACAUUCUGAAAUACGUAGGUGUACCAUGCCACCAGCGGCUAAACGACACGUUUCAAGGGGUUUCUGAACAACAAGAGACGAGAGUUGUGGAUGGCGAGGACUUCCAGAAUGGCGCAAAUAGCGGAACUCCUGGGGAUGAUGAGGAUGGAUGGGUAAAAACCGCAAACCUGGCUGCGAGCCAGGAGAGAAGGGGAAGGGAUGUGAGGACCUUGGAUGAGAGUGGAAAUUUGGGAGAGGUGGAACCGGACGAGUCCGAUGAUAUCCCGGAUAUGGACGACGAUUCCGACCCGGAGGCACUCAAAGAUGAACCCUCCGGAGAGGCGAGCAAAUAUCGAAAAUACGACAUAUAUAUUGGUUACUCCGCAUACGAUCGAACUCCCCGCAUGUAUUUGGCAGGCAAAGACAGCAAAGACCAUCCAUUACCCCCGAACCUCAUGAUGGAGGACAUCAUGGGCGAUUACCGCGAGAAGACUGUGACCAUCGAAAACUUCCCACACAUGGAUGGACUGAAGACUGUUUCGAUACAUCCAUGCCGUCAUGCUUCAGUCAUGAAAUCUCUUAUGAAUCGUGCAAACAGCGCGCUCAAACUUCGAAGAGAGAAGCAAAGGCUGGCACAAGGUGCUGACAGUCGUCAAGACUUAGGUGACCAGCCGGGCGACAUAAAUAAGCUGAAUCUUGCUGGUGGGGCAAGGAAUGAAUCCAAGAGAAAUGCUGAGGAUGAAUGGGAGGUGGUGGAAACACAUGGUGAUCCCUAUGAAGACGAAGUUGCAAUAAGGGUGGAUCAGUAUUUGGCUGUGUUCUUAAAGUUUAUGGCUUCAGUCAUCCCAAAUGUUGAAAUCGACAACACAACGUCUAUCUGA